AUGCUGUUCUUACGACAAACACUUCUGAGAUCGCAUAAAGUAUCUGUACCUUUUGCAGCACAGAGUUUUCGAAUCAACAGCAAGCCGCACCAUAUUUUCCGAACCCUAGCAACCAUGGCUACCGAUCCAACAAGCUACAAGCUCAACCACUCGAUGCUUCGCAUCAAAGAUCCUAAGCGUAGCGUCGAAUUUUACGAGUUUCUGGGCAUGAAGCUGAUAAACAAGCUGCCAAAUCCUGACAAUAAGUUCGACCUUUACUUCCUCGCAUACGACAGCCCGAAGGCUGUUUCUCACGGCAACCAUUGGACCGACCGUGAGGGCAUCGUCGAGCUUACACACAACUACGGUACCGAGGACGAUCCGAACUACAAGAUCACCAACGGCAACACAGAUCCAUACAAGGGUUUCGGUCAUCUUUGUGUAUCAGUCGACAAUCUCCAGGCUGCCUGCCAGCGUCUCGAGGAUGCCGGCUACAAGUUCCAGAAGAAGCUCACAGACGGGCGUAUGAGGCACAUCGCUUUCGUACUGGACCCUGAUGGCUACUGGGUUGAGGUGAUUGGACAGAAGCCCUUGGAGGAGACUGAGAACGUCAAGCACACCGACACUGCCACAUACCGCAUGGCAUAUAAGGAUGUCUCGCUCAACUUCUACAAGGACAUCAUGGGUAUGAAGCUGAAGCGUACCUCAGAAAGCCCCAACGCAGGCUUCAAUCUGUACUUCCUCGGUUACGGUGCAGACGCUCCGGAACAGACCGCGAACGGUGUCAACCCGGUAGCAGACAGCGAGGGCUUGCUCGAGCUGACGUGGAACUAUGGUACCGAGAAAGACGCCGACUUCAAGUAUCACAAUGGCAACGACGAGCCUCAGGGCUUCGGGCACAUCUGCAUUACAGUCGAUGACCUCGAUGCUGCAUGCGCGCGCUUCGAGGAAAAGGGCGUGAACUGGAAGAAGAGGCUCACCGACGGCAGAAUGAAGAACAUUGCCUUCGUGUUAGAUCCCGACAACUACUGGAUCGAGGUUGUGCAGAAUGAGAAGCUGAAGACACGAAGCAAUUGGUAA